GCGUAUCCAAUUGUGAUAUAACCGAACCAACUUUAAUAGUUACACAACGUUGGCCUAAGGGGGGCGGGCAUUCAAUCACCCGCACGUAGUCUUGUGUAACUCACCUCUAGUUAUAUAUCAUAUUUACGGACUGAACAACUAUAAGGUUCUGGAGCAAUGUGGGCACAAAUGCUUGGAUUCACGGCUUUACCUCACCUGGGUGGACUCAGUGGAAGCAUCAUCACACGGAGGGAGGUGAAGACCUGGUAUCCCAGCCUCAUCAAGCCAGCAUGGCGUCCACCCAAUUCUGCUUUCCCAGUGGUGUGGAUGGGGCUUUAUACUGGCAUGGGUUAUGGCUCCUACCUAGUGUGGAAGGAACUUGGAGGCUUUACCCAGGAUGCAGUGGUGCCACUGGGCCUCUACGGGCUACAGUUGGCUCUUAACUGGGCUUGGACACCCAUCUUCUUUGGAGCUCACAGGAUCAAACUUGCAUUGAUAGAGAUUGUGAUUCUGACUGGUACUGUGGGGGCCACCAUGGCGUCCUGGUACCCAAUCAGCCGUCCAGCUACCCUGCUCAUGGGGCCCUACCUGGCAUGGCUGUGCCUUGCCACCUGUCUCAACUACUGCAUCUGGAGAGAUAACCCUGAGCCCAAGUGCGAUUAAACCCCCUUCAAGCUCCAUAAGCCCCAUUGCCUCACUAGGUGGGACGGAAACAAUCCCUGUCCUGUGAAAAGGUUCACAGCUGCAUCAUUUUCCUUUUUCCAUUCGUUUUGUAAAACAAUUAAACAGAAACUGACAACUGUCUUUAGCUUUUCAUAAUGUGUGGGUAUCAGACAAGUACACUUUAGUGCUACAUGCUGGGGCUCUGUGAUUUACUGGGUGUGCACCCUCUAUAUUGCUAAGGAUUUCCUGUGAAUCGUAGAAUACCAUUUGUGUUACAUAUUUCAUGCCCAUUCCUUCAGUGUCCUUGUGAAGCACAGACUAUACACAUAUACCCUCCGCCUGGCAAUUCCUGAUAUUUUAUAUGUGUUUUGGUCUAGCAGCAAGCAAGGUCUAGCAAAAAAUCUCUCUUGUAAAUUACAUUCAACUUCUCUAGCUUUCCUGACAUCCUCUACUGUUUGGGGGAACAACCUCACCACAUGCAUUUGAGACAGGAGUUGCAUUUCAUUCUUAUAUCCAAUUCAAGUUUGGCAAGUAAAGUUGAACAUUUAAACAA